AUGCCUCCUAAAGGCUCAAAGAAAGCACCCAAUGUUGCUGCAGAAAAGACUACACCCCAGAUUCUACCACCUGUUCAACAAGUGGCCACAAAGAUUCAAUCGACUAGCGGUUUGACCGUCUCCGUUCAUCCGGCAUGGCCUGACAUGCAAUUUACUCAAGGAGAGCUGUUUUUUGAAUGCACGCUUUUCCUUUAUUCCGUGUUAGCUUUGUUUCUUCAAUACCUGAAUCUUUAUAAAACCCUAUGGUGGCUGCCUAAAUCGUAUUGGCAUUUUUCAAUAAAAUUCCAUUUAAUUAAUCCGUAUUUCCUGUCAUGCGUUGGUCUAAUGCUUGGCUGGAGAGUUACACUUUGCUUUUGGAAAACGAUAACCGACACAGUUGCUUCGAUUUCGUUCUCGCAAAGACCAUUUAUUCAAACGGUUCUAAUGGUUACGGAAUACGCCGUCAUCAAAACCCCACUGAUGACAUUGGUGAUCACGAGCUUCUUGUUCAGCUUCACGCGUGUGUGCAAUGAUUACCCGCUUUCAUCAAUUCUUUAUUUUUUCUUCCCAAUCCUUUUGUAUAGCUGCGUGUUCUACAACGAAUUAAUUGCAUGGGUCGUUCGAUUUGGACGAACGCUCGGAGAAUGGAGAAAAGGAAGAAUUGAAUUCGCUGAGUUUGUCGAGAAAAUGUGCGAAGGUCCAUCGGCUCAAAUCGAUCUCGAUUCGGUUCUUCAUAUGUGCAGUGAUAAUCCAGCUCAAAUUCGUGAAGAAGUCGAUGUUCUUAUUGAUGAUUUGAUGCUUCGAGCGAAACGCAGCUAUUAUGCUGGAAUUUCGACAACAUUUAUGAGUGUUUUGUUGCCGUGCGUUUUUGUGCCGCACAAAACCACCCUCGGUGUUCCGCAACAAAUUCUCAUCAACGAGUUCUGGGAGUAUCAGCUUGGACUCAUUGUGGGUCUCACAGCGUUUUCGCAUCAUAUGACCUAUCUUCUGCCGUUGAAUUAUUUGGAUUUGUUGCAUCGAGCUGCAAUUCAUCUUGGCUGCUGGGAAACCAUUGAAGGACCAAAGAUUGGCCACAUGGGAAGUAUGAGUCAAUCGCCGUCUCCAUGGCUUGAUUCAGUCCUUUAUAAUGAGGGGGAUACCGUUCAAAUGCCCGAUGGGCGAUGCUACCGAGCGAGAUCAUCGAAAUAUGUGAAAACAAUAGCAGCGCAUCCCGAAAAAUGGUUCCAAUAUUAUUUCUUUAAGUUCAUUCAAAAACCGCUGACCCUCAUCAAUUGGAUGUGCAUGUUCGAAUUUUCGCUCAUUUUUAUCCAAUUCUGGAUGCUCGUCCUCACCAACGACUGGCAGCAUAUUGUGACUUUUGUGCUGCUCAUGUUCGCCAAUUAUAUGCUGUUUGCGAAACUUUUCAAAGAUCGGAUAAUUCUGGGUAGAAUCUACGAGCCGUCGCAAGAAGACCUUCUCCUUGUUCGACAACUGCAGGAAGAACUUUCGAAGUCGAAUAAUUAA